ACCUCCAUGCAGCUAACACGCGCCUGCACCCCACACUCCUUCCCGUUCGUCUUCGAGUAAAUAUGUUGUGGCCGUUUGCAUUGCCCCAAUCUACUCCGUAAUGAGACCCCUCCUGCGCGCAGCACGGCCUCGACAACCGUGGCUCCUGCCUCGACACCCCCGAAACGCUCCGCAAAGUCUCGUCCCCCGCCGCGUCGCGACCACAUUCGCUCAAAAUGCCGCGCCUGUUGACCUGCCGCGGCUCCUUGUCAAAGCACCCCUCAAAGAUCACAACUCGCUGGCGACUUUUAUCGACUACGCAAACCGCACGAAUCUCUCUCCUCUGAAAUCAUACUAUGUCGGCACCCACUAUGAGUACACUGUGGCGCUAUCUCUGAUGCGCUUGGGUUUCUCUCUGCUGAGGAUGGGUGGAAAGAACGAUGCCGGCAUUGACUUGAUGGGACACUGGGUUCUGGCGCCCUUGAGCGAACCUUUACCCAUCAUCGUCCAGUGUAAAGUGCGCAAAUACACCUUAGGUCCAGCCUUCGUUCGAGAACUUGAGGGCUCAUUCAGGGCGAUUCCUCCACAGUGGAAAGGUGAGCCUGUUCUCGGGCUACUGGUGACGACGACGAAAGCUACAAAAGGCACAAUGGAUGCCAUAGCGCGAAGUGCGUGGCCAAUGGGCUUUGUCAUGAUAUCCAGACACGGUCUCAUCGAGCAGUUUGUCUGGAAUCGAGCGGCAAGCGAAAGAGGGCUGCAGGGUGUGGGCGUGACUGUGCGCCACACGCCCCGAGCACUGCUACCAGAGCCCGAGAUAUUGGAAGCCGAAGAGGAAGACGCGUCAAAUCGCAAGAAGCUGCCAUCCAAGUUCGGAAAAACAGGCACACAAAAAGACAUACAGCUAACAUGGAUGGGAUCACCUAUAUUCGCUGAGCGAAAUUCCUUGGACCAGGAGACACUAGGUCUAAUGCACAUGACCAAUGAGCCUGCGGCACAAGAAAAACGCCCUACGAUACAUGGGAUACCAAGACGUGGCCCUGGUCGACCAAGGAAGGACGAAGACCCUAGGGCGAAUUGUCCUUUGGGCCGAAAGCCUACAUUUCACCUCGCACCUGCACCGCGAGGUGGUCAAAUUGCUUUGUCUAAGCCCUUGACAAAGCCAAAGCGUACCCGAAAAAAGGUUGCAAAGAAACAGGACGACGUCUCGGAUGAUGCAGACUGAUGGAAAGAUCGCACGUGUCGGUCACUUCAUUUCAGUGGGAACCAUUACUGCGUCUGACCACUGCUCGGACCACUUCUCCUUGCG